AUGAUUUCACUUAUUUUCUUAAACACUGCUUUUGUCUUUGCAUUUGGUUAUAACCAGGAUUUAGCUAACAUUACCAUUGACUACAUGUUGUACAAGGAUAUCAAAUACGUGUCUUACUUUACAUGUGGGAGUAAUUACUACAGCGCCAUCCUCGCAUACAAAUUAACAAAACAGGACAUCCGAAUAUCGGUGGGCCGUAUUGACGAGGACAUGAAUAUUGAUCUCAAGCGGUUACUGCAUCAGUACACCGUGCCCGUCGGCGUCCUGCUGGAUGGCUAUUGUGACAACACACAGCGUGUCAUUGACCAGGCCUCAACACACAAAUUAUUCGACGGUGUUCACGCAUGGCUUAUAUUCACCAACAUCACAGACUCCGCAAAUUUAACUGAAUAUAUUGACAACACAUUUUCAAUGGUUAAUCUGAGUAUUGAUGCUGAUAUCGCCAUUGUUGCAUAUAGUGGGUUGGAUAUUAUGCUAAAUGGAUACAAAUACUACGACCGCUGGGAUUUCCAUAAUUUGACCCUCCGUGCGAUAUCAGUGAUUGUAGAGAGACCCAAAGAGUUCAGUCCGGAUAUUUUAUCGGAGAUUGGGUACACUGCUGGAGUGGCGGCGAUGACGAAAAUUACAUCACAACUGCUAAACAUUUUGAAAGAGCAACAUAAUUUCAGGACUAAAAUAUACUAUCUCAUGCCCAACAAAGGAGUCGGAGACUAUGAGAACCAGUUCCUUUCUCCAAUGUCUUACGGCGUUUGGUUGUGCGCGCUGUUUAGUUGCAUCGCUUGCACAAUGGUUUUGGCUGGAGCAGCUCUGAUGGAGAACAGGCCAGAACCUGGAACAUAUGCAUUCUUUAGUGUCUUUGCUAUCUUGUGUCAAGACGCUUUUGAAGACGGAGUCCCCUUACCAGAAGAGAAAGAAAGCCAAGGUCGUCGGUUGACAUUAAUGGUGAUUGGCGUCAUGAGCAUGCUGUUGUACAAUUAUUAUACAAGUAGUGUCGUGUCGUGGCUCCUGAAUGCAGCAGCUCCUUCUAUUGCCAAUCUCGAUGGGCUCAUAAAUAGUGAUUUUGAAAUCAUAUUUGAAGAUAUUGGCUACACCAGGGGUUGGCUUGACAAUCCUGGAUUCUUUUACUACAGUGGCUUUACAAACCCAAAAGAAGAUGAACUAAGAGACAAAAAGGUGAUAAACGGUAAAAGGACUGUUGAUGUUCUGCAGUCUGUCAACAAUGGGAUUGAACUCGUGCGCACAGGCAAAUAUGCGUUCCACACUGAGCCCUACACAGCAAGCCAAGUUAUCUCUAAGACUUUUGAGGAAGAGGACCUCUGUAACCUCGGUGCCUUGCAGAUGAUGAUGCCCGCCCACGUCUACAUUAUGGUACAGAAGAAAAGCCCCUAUAAAGAAUUUUUAGAUUGGAGUUUAUUGCGAUUGACUGAGCGUGGCCACAUGAAAGCUACUCGAGCUCGUUUUGCCGGCACGAUUCCUGCUUGUUCCGGCAUCAAGCCGCGCGCACUUGCUCUUGGUCAGGCCGCUCCUGCCUUUUUGCUGUUGUUUGAGAUGACCGUUCUGGCUUGGAUGAUUUUUGCUCUCGAAGUGUUAUGGCAUAAGAGGUAA